UUUUUUUUUUAACAGAUCAAGUCUUUCUUUAAACAUUCCCCCUGCUCCUUCAAUUUGAAUGUCUAUGUCCUUUUGGUAGUUGUCCUUGAAAUUGUAACAAAUUUUUUUGAGCAAAGCAAAAUUAAUAAAUUUCUUUAUCAUCCUUCUGAACAAUGAAAGGAUUUUAGAAUACUUUUACUGAACAUAAAAGUGUACAUUUGAGAUUAUUUCCUUUUAUCUGUCCUCCAGUUCAUUAAUGUUCUUUUCAGCUUUGCCUAAUUUGCCACUUAAUCCAUGCCUUGAGCUUUUAAAAUUUUUAAUUGCCUUUUUUUUAAUUCUAGAAGUUAUAUUCGGUUCUUUAAAAAAUCACCUUGCCUAUUUCUUUUUGACAAUGUCUUAUUCUUUUCUCAUAUUUUCAAUUCCUUCCUUUAGAGCUUAAAUAAUUUUAAACAUAUUUAUUUUCUAGCCUUUGACUGAUAUUUCAAAUAUGAAAUUCUUGGGGAGGGGUGUCUAAUCCUUUUUGAUUUCUGCUGAUUUUCAUUUACAGAGGUUUGCUUCCUCGCAUCUUCAAAUAUCAUAAUAUCAUUGUGAAUUUUUUUUUACAGUGGCAGACAGUAUACAUUGGAAUUCCAAACAUGUUUGAGGUCAGGCCCAAAUUCACAAACUCAGAGGGACCUUGUAGAGUUCAAAGAGAGACUUGGUUGCUUCCUACCUUUUUGUGUUAGGGCAGAGUAGAAUGUACCUACUGAAAUACGUAUGUAACCCUCUAGGUUCCCGGCUUUCAUGAGGGUCUGUCUUCUAAUUCUCCAGCUUUGAACUAAGCUUUGCUUCCACAUGGUCAUCAACGUUUGGUGAUUAUAGAAGUAAUAACCACUAACUCUCUUCAUUCCUAUUCCAGAGGGGCCCUAGCAUCAGCUCAUGGGAUUGUUGGUUUUGGUUUCCUCUCUCUCUUUGGCCCCUGGAUAUUUCCCUUACUUUAAUGGGAGCCCAUCUGUAUCUUUUAAGUUUUUAAUAUCAUGUGAACACAGGCCUGUAUAUAUUGUUAAAAGCAAAAAUCUCUAUGUUUACUUUUAAAACAUGAUCCUUGCCUCUACACCUUGUAGAGUAAUAUAAUGUACACAUAAUACCAAGUUAUGAAAAAAACAUACCUAAGUAACUAGAUAAGUAUAUUUCUUUUUUCCCAGCUUCCGCCCCCCACGCCAUUUAGGUUUACCCAGUUGUACUGUGUUGUCAUUUAAAAAGUGUGUCUAUAAAAGUAUAGGUGCAACUACAGAAGGACGAAAGACAAGAUAGCUUGGAUUGGACUUGACUUCCAGAGCCAUAACAAUUCUUAAUAUGUUGGUUUAUAUUGGAAUCAGACCAUUUUCAUUUUCAACCUGUAAAACAGUGUAGAAAGGAAACAUGGAAGGUUUUCUAUAUAUAAAGGGCUAUGAAAUAAGAACAGCUCACAGAAAAUGCUGAAAUGAUGAAUUCCUUCAGUAUCCUCUGAAAUUUCUCCCCCUACCACCCCUUCUUCAUUUUCAUUGCUAUCAAUUCACGUUACAACAGCUAAUUCUCAGGAGAAUAGUGGAAACCCAGUUUCCCUCCUCUUUCCCCUCUGACCCUCCUCCAGUUAAUCUGACUGCAGUGUAAACCUUUGCGGUUUGCUAUUGUGCAACUUCCACAUUUCCCUCGCCCUCCCAACCAGCCGCCUCCCCCACCAAAUUCAGGGGAACUCCCGUUACCACAGUGCCACCAGCAUUACUCAUUCAUCCCCAUUCAGGCUUUCCCCAGCAUUUAUUAAGGGCUCUCUCCUCCAGCCUCUCACUCUCACUCUCCUCUGCUCAAACUCGGUUCACUUGAGAGUCUCCUCCCACCAGCUGUGGAAGGAACUUUGCGUCUCUCCAGCAAUGCAUCUCCUUGCGAUUCUGUUUUGUGCUCUCUGGUCUGCGGUGUUGGCCGAAAACCCGGACGAUUAUGAUCUCAUGUAUGUGAAUUUGGACAACGAAAUAGACAAUGGACUCCAUCCCACUGAGAACCCCACGCCGUGCGACUGCCGUCAGGAGCACUCGGAAUGGGACAAGCUCUUCAUCAUGCUGGAGAACUCGCAGAUGAGAGAGGGCAUGAUGCUGCAAGCCACGGACGACGUCCUGCGGGGCGAGCUGCAGAGGCUGCGGGAGGAGAUGGGCCGACUCGCGGGCACCCUGGCGAGGCCGUGCGCGCCAGAAGCCCCAGGGGAGGCCAGCCUGGCGGGUGCUCUGGAGGAGCUGCUGCAGGCGAGCCGCGACGCGGGCCGCAGGCUGGCGCGCCUGGAGGGCGCGGAGGCGCGGCGCCCAGAGGAGGCUGUUCGUGCCCUGGCCGCGGUGCUGGAGGAGCUGCGGCAGACGCGAGCGGAGCUGGGCUCCGUGCAGGGCUGGGCGGCCCGGAGCUGGCUGCCGGCAGGUUGUGAAACAGCUAUUUUAUUCCCAAUGCGUUCCAAGAAGAUUUUUGGAAGCGUGCAUCCAGUGAGACCACUGAGGCUUGAGUCUUUUAGUGCCUGCAUUUGGGUCAAACCCACAGACAUACUAAACAAAACCAUACUGUUUUCCUAUGGCACAAAAAGGAAUCCAUACGAGAUCCAGCUGUAUCUCAGCUACCAGUCCAUAGUGUUUGUGGUGGGUGGAGAGGAGAACAAGCUGGUUGCUGAAGCAAUGGUUUCAUUAGGAAGGUGGACUCACCUGUGCAGCACCUGGAAUUCGGAGAAAGGGCUCACAUCCUUGUGGGUAAAUGGUGAAAUGGUGGCUACCACUGUUGAGAUGGCCAUAGGUCACAUUGUUCCAGAGGGAGGAAUCCUGCAGAUUGGCCAAGAAAAGAAUGGCUGCUGUGUGGGUAGUGGCUUUGAUGAAACAUUAGCCUUCUCUGGGAGAAUCACAGGCUUCAAUAUCUGGGAUAGUGUUCUUAGCAAUGAAGAGAUAAGAGAGACCGGAGGAGCAGACUCUUGUCACAUCCGGGGGAAUGUUGUUGGGUGGGGAGUCACAGAGAUCCAGCCACAUGGAGGAGCUCAGUAUGUUUCAUAAGUGUUGUGAAACUCCACUUGAAGCCAAAGAAAAGAAACUCACACUUACAAUACAUGCCAGCUGGGAAGGUCUGAAAACUCAAUGCAUAAUAGGAACACUUGAGACUAAUGAAGUAGAGAGUUGAGCUCAAUCUUUAUUUAUACUGGCAAAAUAGUGAAUAAACAGUUGAAGGAGAGACAUUGGAAAAAACUUUUGAAGAUAAUGUUACUAGACUUUACGCCAUGGUGCUUUCAGUUUAAUGCUAUGUCUCUGUCAGAUAAACUUUCAAAUAAUUAGAAAGGACUGUAUUGUUGAACAGAAGGACAGUUGUUUUACUUUUCUUCAGUUAAUUUUGUUUUGGCCAGAGAUGUAUUUUACAUUGGAAGAAUAACAAAAGACGAUGUAUUAUCCAUUGUCCAUUGUUAUUGGUAUGAACUUUAUUACAAAAAAGAAGAUGAAAACAUAUUUAUACUACAAGGUGACUUAAUAACUAUAAAUGUAGUCUAUGUGUUUUAAUCAAAUGUCACUUUUUUGAGAUGAUAGUCAUAUAAGUUAUAUUGUAAAAGGGAUUUGUGUUAAUUUUAUUAAGACUAUUUUUGUAAAGCUCUACUGUAAAUAAAAUAUUUUAUAAAACUAA